AUGAUUUACUCAAUUUUGCGCCGAAAUUUCAUCUCAUCGUUUUCGAAGAAUCUGCGCUCCCCAGAUGAAAGCGUAGCUCGAUUUCCGCUUUCUGUGCUUUAUUUCUCUACCUCUACAGAGAAAAAAUGCGUGAGCAACCCCGCAUUAUAUGAAUUAUUGCUGCAGAAGCACAAAUUUUCACCUCAAGUAGCUCUGAUUGCGGCCUCCGUCUCAACCCAAUCGAAAACCCCUGAAGAGUAUGAUUCAAUGCUGUCAUUCUUCCGAGAGAUCGGCUUUUCCAAAUCCCAGGUUGAGAAAGCGGUGAAGUUUCUGCCUCAGCUGCUCUCUUCCAAUCUCGAGAAAACAAUCAAGCCGAAAAUCAAAGUUUUCCAAGACAUGGGCUUUCCCCGCGGCGUCAUUGCCGAAGUCCUCUCGAAGGAGCCGAAGAUCCUGCACCGUAGCGCUGCCAAAGCGUUGAUCCCUCGAUUGACUUUGUUAAAGGAAUUGCUGGGAUCCAACAAAUGUGUAUCCCAAGUGCUUAGGAAGGCUCAAUGGAUGCUUAGCACGGAUUUGAGAAACAACAUGCUGCCUAACGUCGAGCUUCUCAGGAGCUGUGGCGUGUCGAUGCAGCAGAUUCUCACGAUCUGCUGCUAUGCGCCGCGGUUCUUCUUGAAUAGGCCGGGGGUCGUGAGGAAAUACGUGGACCAGGCUGAUGGAUUGGGGGUGAGCAGGGGGUCUAGAGUGUUUGUGUAUGUGGUGGCGGUUAUUGGGUCGAUGCCGAAUGGGAGGUGGGAGCGAAAGAUUCAAGCUUUUCAGGAUAUCCUGCAGUGCUCGGAGGAUGACAUCCUGAGAAUGGUGAGGCGGUCACCGCAGGUGUUUACUGUGUCGGAGGAUAAGCUGGUGAAGGUUAGGGAGCUGCUGGUUGGGACUGGGAAGUACACGGCUUCUUGCAUCGUUGGGUGGCCUAAAUCAGUUAUGUACAGCGUUCAGCAGCGGUAUAAGCCCCGGAUUGAGGUUUUGGAGAUGUUGGAGAGAAGGAAUCUGAUUCGAGCAUGGCCACAUCUUCCUGCGUUGUGUAAAAUGUCGAAUGAUGCGUUUUGUAAGAAGUUUGUGAGUCCUCACUUGGAUGAAGUUGGUGAGUUCUCGUGGCCCGUAGAGCUCGCGGUGGGAAAGGGGACGAGAAACUCGUUGAAGCUGCAUAGAGGAUAG